GUUAGCGGCAGCAGGCUCAGCUAGCUAUCAACUCUGCAUGAGAAAAAGCUAAAAGGCAGCGUUUGAAGAGUGUCUGUACCUCCUUGUGUUUCAGCCGAAAGAAGAGGAGUUCCCCUUCACUUUGCACAAGAUAUUAACUGACACUGACUUCCCCCAAUCCUUAAAAAACAGACACUUUUUUGCUGCCUGCUUUAUUCUUUUAUCUUGAAGCCAGACUGCAGCUCCACUUUGUGGCGGCAUGUCUCAGAAGUCACAGUCGGACGGCGGUCAGAAGCACUUCGCUGUGGGUCGGGGGCUCCUGGCCGCCGCAGAGACCUUGAAUUUCAGCAUGAGUGAGCAGCGAUCCAGUCGGCAGAUGGGGGGGGUGUCCUCAGGGGUAGGGGUGGGCGGUGGUGGCAUGGAAGGCCAGGACGGCAGCUCCCAGAUGACCCGGCGUGGCGGCGGCAGCCACAUUGGCAACACCAUGAAGCUGUUUGCCAGUUUGGGGCUGUCGCCCUCUGACCUGGACGCUCUGGCUGAAAUCCCCGAAGAGGACAUCAGCGUGGAGACGCUGCCGCGCAUCCUCAUGCAGCUCAAGAGCCGCAAGGGAGACGCAGGAGAGCGGCGGGGGGCGUCUUCCAUGUCUUCUGACGCUGGGUAUCGAGGAGGAAGGGACAACUGGGACGACGGGCAAAUGGGGAGGAUGGGCGGUUCUUCUCUGGGCCCGGGUUCAGCCCGCACUCAGUCCUCUGCAGACUUUGGCUACAGCUCGCUGCAGGACGUCGCUCCCAGACGGGCUAAAGAGGAAAGGGAAGAAGAAGAGGACAGG